GUGGUGGUGGCGGCUGGCCGAUGGCGGGCAGUGGGGGCUGCCGGCGCGGAAGGGACCAGCUGGAGCUGGAGCGGCUGGGCGAGGCGGCGCGGGCCGGCUCCUGCCCGCCGUCGCCGCCGCUCUCCGCCUGCUCGCGGCAGGCCUGGAGCCGGGACAACCCGGGCUUCGAGCCGGAGGAGGAGGGAGCGGCGGCGGCGGGGCCGGUGCUGGAGAUGGACGUGGAGUGGGGCAGCCCCGCGGCCGGCGCUUCGUCGUCGUUGGGCAGCGGCGCGGCGGGCAUGGGCGGCGGCGGGCGGCGCCAGCGGCGGGUCCCCGCGGGGCGCGGCGGAACGGAGGUGCCGAGCCGCCACCAGGUGCCACCCGACGGCGCCGCGCCCCGCCGGGCGGCCUGGGCCAAGCGACUGGCGCGGCGGCUGCGAGGUCUAUGGGGAACAAGACUCAUGGAAGAAAGCAACACCAGCAGAGAGCGAUACCUGAAAAGUGUUUUACGGGAGUUGGUUACGUACAUGGUUUUCCUUGUGGUCUUGUGUGUCUUGACUUACGGGACAGUGAGUUCCAGUAUGUAUUAUUACACAAGGGUCAUGUCGCAGCUCUUCCUGGAAACACCUGUAUCAAAAAUGGAGAAAACUGAUUUCAAAACUUUAUCCACAAUGGACGACUUCUGGAAGUUCACAGAAGGCCCUUUGCUGGAUGGUCUCUACUGGGAAAUGUGGUACAACAACAAAACCAUGGCAGAAAACAAAAGCUUCAUUUAUUAUGAGAACCUGCUCCUUGGGGUACCUCGUAUUCGGCAGCUGAAAGUGAGAAAUGGUUCAUGCUCAAUACCUGAAGAUUUAAAGGAAGAAAUCAAGGACUGCUAUGAUGUCUAUUCUGUAGCUAAUGAAGAUACUGCUCCGUUUGGACUUCGAAAUGGAACAGCUUGGACGUACACCAAUGAGAAGGAUUUGAAUGGGAGCAGCCACUGGGGCUUGAUUGCCACCUACAGUGGGGCUGGUUAUUACCAAGACCUCUCAAGGAACAGAGAAGUGACAGCUGUGCAGAUUGCUAGCCUUAAGAAGAACCUGUGGCUUGACAGAGGGACCAGAGCAGCUUUCAUUGAUUUCUCUGUAUACAAUGCAAACAUCAACCUAUUCUGCAUUGUGAGGUUGUUAGUGGAGUUUCCAGCGACUGGAGGCCUUGUUACAUCUUGGCAAUUUCAGCCAGUGAGGCUGAUUCACUACAUCUCCACUUUUGAUUUUUUCCUGGCAGCCUGUGAAAUGGCAUUUUGUCUCUUUGUUCUUUAUUACAUGGUGGAAGAGAUUUUAGAAAUUCACAUUCAUAGAUUGCACUACUUCAGAAGUCUUUGGAAUUGCCUUGAUGUUCUUAUCAUUGUGCUCUCUGUGGCAGCUAUAGGAAUUAGCAUCUACAGAACAUCAACUGUUGAUAUGCUCCUGAAGAAGCUGCUGGAAGAUCAGAACUCUUUCCCCAAUUUUGAACCUUUGGCAUAUUGGCAAAUGCAAUUCAACAACAUAGCUGCAGUCACUGUGUUUUUUGUCUGGAUUAAGCUGUUCAAAUUCGUUAACUUCAACAGAACAAUGAGUCAGUUAUCCACUACCAUGUCUCGCUGCGUCAAAGAUGUUGUUGGCUUUGCUAUUAUGUUUUUUAUUAUUUUCUUAGCAUAUGCUCAAUUGGCCUAUCUUGUCUUUGGCACUCAAAUUGAUGACUUCAGUACUUUCCAGGACUGCAUAUUUACUCAGUUCCGCAUCAUUUUGGGAGACUUCAACUUCACAGAGGUUGAAGAAGCUAAUCGAAUUUUGGGACCAAUUUAUUUCACUACAUUUGUGUUCUUUAUGUUCUUCAUUCUUUUGAACAUGUUUUUGGCCAUCAUCAAUGAUACGUACUCUGAAGUCAAAUCAGAUAUGGCACAACAGAAGGCAGAAAUGGAACUGUCUGACCUUAUCAGAAAGGGCUACAACAAAGCCAUGAUCAAACUUAAAUUGAAGAAGACUACUGUUGAUGACAUUUCAGAAAGCCUGAGACAAGGUGGGGGAAAGUUAAAUUUUGAUGAGCUCCGGCAAGAUCUGAAAGGGAAGGGGCACACGGAUGCAGAGAUUGAAGCAAUAUUUACCAAAUAUGACCAGGAUGGGGACCAGGAAUUGACAGAGCAUGAACAUCAGCAGAUGAGAGAUGACCUUGAGAAAGAGAGGGAGGAUCUGGACCUGGAUAGGAGCUCUCUGCCACGUCCUCUGAGCAGCCGCAGCUUCCCCCGGAGCUUGGACGACUCUGAGGAGGAUGAGGAUGAAGACAGUGGACACAGCUCCAGGAGGAGGGGCAGCAGCUCUAGUGGGGUUUCCUAUGAAGAGUUCCAAGUGCUCAUGAGGCGGGUGGAUCGCAUGGAGCAUUCUAUCGGCAGUAUAGUCUCCAAGAUUGAUGCGGUUAUCGUGAAGCUUGAAGCGAUGGAGAGAGCCAAACUAAAAAGGAGAGAUGUGUUAGGAAGGCUGUUAGAUGGAGUAACAGAGGAUGAAAGACUGGGUCGUGACAAUGAAAUCCAUAGAGAACAAAUGGAGCGACUUGUGCGAGAGGAGUUGGAGAGGUGGGAAUCAGAUGACACGGCAUCCCAAAUGAGCCAUCGGUUGGGAACACCACUUGGACUGAAUGGCCAGCCUCGUUCAAGGAACUCUCGGCCAUCAUCCUCCCAGUCAGAUGGUAUUGAUGGGGGAGGAGGAAAUGGGGGGAAUAACAUCCAUGUGUAAGGAUUAACUUUGUAGGCGAUUCUGAAUGUUUCAGGUCAGUAUUAAGCCAGCAAAUACACUACUCCACUGUUUCCCAGCAUGAGGUGGUCAUUCUCAUCAGACCACUAAGGACAUUUCUCACCGAUGGGCAAAAGUAAAUAUUCUCUUCAAAAGGCAUUUUCAGACCUACAUAAGCCAUGUGUCACGUUCAAGUUGCCCACAGUAAACUGUCAGCCUUGCAAAUGAAAGUGCAGGAGGCAGAAUGGAAACAGUUGUUACAAAAUCUACCUGGCCAGAAGUUUGAUUCCAUACAUGUAUUAUGGGGACACUUCCACAAGAGCAUCAAGCUUCAGACAAAAUAAUGUGCUGUGGCUAAAACCACUCCAUUGAAAGGCUGCAAGUAUUUUGCUUUCUGUUGGAAAAUAGGAUUUUUUCCCAAUGCUUUUAAAAGCAAUUUUUAAAAGAAGAUGGCAUGAAUUUAUUGCCUCAUUCAUUGUUAACAGCUGACACUUUUCAGAGAUAAAAUAGCACUUUUUUACUUUGCUUCUGCCUAUGUUUCUGAGUUAUUCUUGGUGUUACUAACAUUUUAAUCAACUUCAAAUGUUCAUUUCUUCCUGGUUUUGAGAAAUACUGUGUUUUUUUAAACAGAAGAAAGUACACUCACUUUGUACAAUGGUAAAUCACAUAUUCCAUAAUAGAAAUGUACACAUUGCAGGUGUUUGUGUUCCAUUAGGAUUUCAAAAGCACUAUUUGAGAGCUGCCUCUUCACACCCAAUGAAAGUAAUAAUUUUGGGCUUUGUUGCAAAGUGCCCAUUUUUUAAUACUAUGAUUUCAUGAUCUAAGUGUUCCUGGGAUAAACAUUCCACCAAUUCUUAGGUAAAUAUGGUUACUUUGCAGAAAAUAGAUUCUUUCAAAGCUCACAAAAUUGAGAAACAUCAACUCUUCUGUGGGUGCAACAGGGAAGGGGGCAGAGAAGUUGCUGAUGGUUUGCAGUCUGAUCCUGUGCUGUGUCAAGUUGUAACCAUGUCUCAACUGUGUAGUCUGUAUGUACAUUUAAAAGAACUGCUUGUAAUAUUAUUAGGUAUAUUUCUACAUAUGCUUCUCUGCUGAGGUGCAACACAUGAUGCCUUUCGAAAGGUGUUUGUAGUAUAAUCACUGAUUUUUAGUGUUUAGUUUCCUCUGCUUUCUGUGCCGUAGAAGCUUUGUUUAUGAAAGGACACUGAAAUUAGGUUGGUUUCCUACAGAAACCAUUGGGGCGUAGUGUUUGUGGUUUUGCCUAGCAACGUAUUUCCGUCUGUGGAAUACUGGUUUAGGAGGGAGUUUCAGUUGUGCUUUUUUUCCUGAAGAUGGCAGUUGUAUUUAAAGACUUAGAGUUGCUGUAAAGGAAGAGGGAAAGCUACACAAUCAAACACAUCAAAGCUGUAGCAGGGUAUAUAGAGGGAAAAAUGCCUAUUUAACAAAGUAUAAGUAGCAUAUGUAUAUGUUAUAUUGAUGCUUUGUGUUUCAAAAAGUGUUUGUUGCCGGAAGUUAACACCUUAUUCUUGCAGUUGUGCUGCUUAGGCGAAGCUUACACCUUGUGUAUGACCUUACAAUUGCAUUGCCUGGAUGUACAGUGACUCAGAAUUCUUUCUUCCUAACCAGAGAACUUGCUAGAACUAAAUAGACUUAAUUCCUUUCCCUGUUUUUAAGUUUAUGAGAAACCAUAUGCACAGAAACUGAAUGUAAGUGGUGCAGGAGGAAGUUCAGUGCUGGGACUGGAAUUUCUUAGUAGCUUUGGCUUGAGAGCAGACCAGCGUGGGAAAACAGGUUGUGAUUCACAGAACAGGUGAAGUGUUUAUUCUUUCUGUGGUUCCUGUACUAGGAAGAAAUUCAUACUGCUUCAGAAGAAACCCUGUCAGCUUCCCAAAACAGCGCACAGCACAGUAGUUAGGGCUUUUGUGUGAAACGAGACACUCAGGCUAAGCUCUGUCUUGCCUCAGUUGAAACUUUUUGGACCUUAGAACCCUUCCCAAGGAAAGCAUUUCUGUAUUGAACUGGCAUUUGUAACUUUAAACAAACCAACCAAAGAACACUAGCAGAACACGUGGCCAGCUGAUGUGCAAGGAAAACAGAAAAUACCAUACAAAGCAAUUCAAAUAUGCAUAGUCUUCAUAUUUAGAAUGGGUAGUGUGUUGGUGUGUAGCAUGACUUACAGUUUAAACUUUGAAGCAUGCUAACUAAUUACAUGUGUGUAACAUGUAAUUAAUAUUGGGUUUCUAGGGUCCAGAGUUACCUAAAUACUAAAAUAGUAUUUAAUAAUCAUGUACUUAAUCAAAGACUUUCGCCAAAUGACCCAGCUGGAGUUGUCCAGCAAUCAGGAGGAACCGUACUUGGAAUACUUUGUGUUCAGGUUUGUGCCUGCAGCCAGUAAGGCAUGUGGCAUGCUGAGGCUUAUGGCAGCAGGGAUCUGGUGGUCAUCUGUUGGUGAGGCAGUGCCUUAAUGGGGGAAAGAAAGCAAAACUAAACCUGUCAGUAUGGUUUUAAAUUGGUUUAUUAUAAAGGUGUAUCUUUCAAAAUGUAAAUUCAGUCAAACAGUUAAUCUUCUAUUUGUAGUAUAUGUUUAUUCGGAAAGUGUUUGCAUUCAUAGCUGUAUUUGUUGAGAUAUAUUUCUGUAACGUGUCGUUACUUAAUAACAAACUUCAUCUUGAAGUGCAGUAAGUUUUCAUGGGGUACCCGUGUGUGUUGACAGUGGCCUUGCAGUGAGUGCAUGGGCACUUGACAAAUGUUAUAAACAUUUUAUUAUUUCAUUUUUCCACUAGAUUAUAAUGCCAUUUGUCACAUAUUACAAAGGUAAGGUUUUUGCAUAGUAAUGUGCAGUAUUUGGUCUUAUUAGGAAGCUGUUAAUUAUGCAAGCCUUCUACAAUGAUCAAGAUUGUAUUGAUCUGUAAAACUGAGCACUUUACUUCCUAAUAAACAUUUUAUAUAAUCUAUAAAGCAA